AUGUUUGUCCAACAGGCAACCAUCCAUCCAAAUAAGUUAGCGGUUACACUCGAUAAUCAAUCUCUCACUUACAGUCAAUUAUUGACUCAAGUUCAGCAACUAUCAUACCAUCUGAUCAACGAUAAAGAUGUGCAUCCAGGCGAUAUUGUCUGUCAAUGUGUCGAUCGAAGUAUUGAAAUGAUUAUUGGUAUCAUGGGUAUUAUGAUGUCGGGUGCUAUUUAUGCUCCUCUCAAUCCAAACGAUCCUCUUGAUCGACUUCAAUCACUCAUUCGUCAAACUGAUGCAAAAGUAGUACUUGUCAAUCACCGGUCACGUGCGCAUGUCAGUCAAGUCGAUCUGCCGAUUGUGGACAUCUCAGAAAUAUUUCUCUCAAACAAGGUUUUUAGUGAUGAACAAAUGAAAAAAUUAUCUGAAGUAGCUGUGACACCUGAGUUUAUCUCUCAUAUCGUCUUCACAUCGGGAUCAACAGGUAUUCCUAAAGCAGUUCAAAUUCGGCAUCGCAAUUUCAUGGGUUACAUGCACGCACAUUUCAUACAGACGAGUGACGUCAUUCUGCAACUUGCAAGCUCUUCUUUUGAUGUACACUUGGAUGAAAUCAAUGGUGCACUUGUCCGAGGUGCCCAUUUAGUUUUACUCAAGGUUGGAGGUCAUCUUGAUUUCGAUUAUUUGACAAAAGUUAUUCAUCAGAAGAAUGUAACUUUUGUCGCACCUGUUCCAUCGUGGAUGAAUGCUUUAGGAAAAUUUCUCGGUGAGAAUCAUCAUGCUCAAGGAAGAAUCAAACGAGUACGCUUAUGGUAUCUAGGAGGUAAAUAA